GCCGCGCCCAACGGCACCAAGAUGACGGUGCACCACGUUGCACAUGUGCCGCUAACGCCAUACGUGCCACCGUUGAUGAAGAGGCCUAAGUCCCUGUCCGUGUUGCCGUUGGAACAGCGCCUUGUUGACCCGAUUGAGCUGCGGCGUCGACGCACGUGCGCUGUCAGGAGGCGCAAGGCCCAGCUGGCUGAAGAGCUGGCGGAGUUUGACAAGCAAGUGCGGCAGUGCUGGCACGCAUGGCUAGACGACACACAUCAACACAAGGAACAAGUGGCAGAAGUGGAGACAGCAGCACAGCCCAACACAACGCCCCACGGCGCCCACAGGAGCAGCGGCGAUGGCUGGCCACGACUCAAACGUGCCAAGACCCAAGACAGGCCAACGACGAACUGCUCGUCGCCGAGCACCGCACAAUACAGCACCACAAACAUCGGCGUUCCGCGAAAGACGGUGAACGCGCUCGUGGAUGCGAUAGUGCAGCAAGCACGCCUCGACGCUGCCCAUCGCACAGCACAACAACAACAACAACAACAACAACAACAACAACAACAACAACAGCAGCAGCAGCAGCAGCAGCAGCAGCAGCAGCAGCAAGAAAGAGACAAGAAUGCUGCAGGCAAGGAGACGGCCGACAAAAAUGAGACACGCAAAGGCAACGAGAACGGUGGAGGUGAUGGUGGCGGCGGCGGUGGUGGUGGUGAUAAGCCAAGUAGGAAUCCUGAUGGUGGUAAGAGCAACCUCAAACCACGGUCACCCGAGCUGCUGACACAGUUGCUGCGUGAGGCGAACCUGCUGCCGGUGCGACCCUACCACUGCUGCAUGUGCCUGUAUGGGGCAUCGUCGCUCUUGCGCGUGCGCGAACACCACACACGCGCACACAUGGACGAGCUUGUGCGCAACAUUGAGCCCGACACAAUCGAGGACGUGGAGGGUGUGGAUGAGUUUGCCACCGGCGGAUAUGACGAUGGGUUUGCGUGGCGAACAGGGGAGGAGGUGCAGCCCCUGAUACAGGAGGCAAACCGGAAGCUGCGACACAAGGUGUUUCUGCUGUGGCGCUGUGGCGCAACGUCGCUGAGACAGGCCAGACACAUGCAGCGAAAGCGACGCUCCAAGGUGGUGCUGGAGGGGGCUGGUGAUGAAGGUGAUGACGGUGACGGUGGCGAUCACGAUGAAGAUGCAUUGUGGAGCAGCACCAUUGACAAGAAGGUGGACAGUGAUGACGACGAUGAUGACGACGACGAUGAUGAUGAUGAUGAUGAUGAUGAUGAUGAUGAGGAGGAGGAGGAGGAGGAGGAGGAGGAGGAGGAGGAGGAGGAGGAUGCCGCUGACGCGGAGGAACAGGAUGAUGAGGGCAAGGACAAGCAUGCUACUGCUCCUGCUGCUGCUACUGCUAUUGCUGCUGCUGCUGCUCACGGCGGUGAUGGGAAGGCACCCGCAGUGAUGAGCGACACUGCACAAGGCAGCGACGCGCAAGGCCAAGCUAACACGAGCAGCGGUUGCAAGGUUGUUACCGACUACCGUCUUGGCGGUCGCAGCGCACGCCCGCGUGCCUUCUACCCUGGUCACGACAACCCGACGCAGGCAAUUGCCGAGGAUGUUGAGCUGGUGGCUGUCGAGCCAGAUUCUUUGCUCGUGUGCAAGAAAAGGCGCAAACAGCAACAGCAGCAGCUCCGAGCACACAUGUCGCGCACAUGCUACGUGUGCUCGGAAGAGCUGAGUGCCAUUGAAGACAUGGCCGAGCACUUUCGCGACAACCACCCUGGGUUCCGCGCGUUCCUCUGCCGCAGGUGCGGGCGUGUGCAGAAGGGGAUUGGUCGACACAGCGUGCACAUCACCAAUUGCCACGUGCGCAACACGUGCUGCCCCUCGUGUCGCCGGGGCAACUUCAAGACAUUCGAGGCCUUUAGGCAGCACAUUGCCGUGCACCUGAGCGAGAUGCCGUUCAUAUGUCGGCACUACUCCUGUCACGACCGGUUUGCGCGCGUGGAGGACUAUCUUGCACACGCACGAGCGAAGCACAAGCUGCUGCUGAACGCCGACAUGGAGCUGAUCAGCCUCAGGGUGAUUGAGCUUGUCUUGCAGGAGGCCAGCUGCGGUGGCGCCGCACAGGAGCAGGGGGAGGCCAGCUGAUGGGGUCAUGUGUGUGU